CUGUUUCAGCUAUUAGACGUUAGGUGUAUUAUUCUAUUUCAAAAUCAAAGUGUUGACAUCUUUCAGUUCCAGUGUUUCCCGCUAAAAGCACUGCAAUCUAUUAUAUUUUGAGAGAGUUUGAUACAAUGAAUACUUGUAGUUAGGCUUCAAAAUGAUGGCCGAUGUGUUGUUUGCAUGUAUGACAUAUGAAACUGGAGUAUUUGACUUUGAAGAUUUUCCACAAACUGAAGAACCAGUCUGGAUUUUAGGGAAGAAGUACAGCACACUGUACGAUUUAGAAGAACUCAGAAAUGAUGUUAAAUCAAAAAUAUGGCUUACAUAUAGAAAGCGUUUUCCACCAAUUGGUGACAUUGGUCCUACAAUGGAUACAGGUUGGGGUUGCAUGUUACGUUGUGGACAAAUGGCUUUGGCUCAGACACUGAUCAACCAUCAUCUUGGAAGAGAAUGGAUGUGGGAGCGAGAUGUGAUAAACCCAACAUAUGUUAAGAUCCUUCAGAUGUUUCAAGAUAAGAAAAAUUGUAUCUACUCUAUACACCAGAUAGCACAAAUGGGAAUAUUGGAAGGAAAGGCCAUAGGGCAGUGGUUUGGACCUAACACAGUAGCACAGGUGCUAAAAAAACUGUCUGUGUAUGACGACUGGACAUCAAUGGUUAUUCAUGUUGCUAUGGACAAUACUGUGAUAAUUGAUGACAUUAGAACAUUGUGCAGGAUGCCAUCUUCGAGUCAGCAAAUGAACAAACCCUGCAAUAAUAUUUGUUCAACUUCCAUGAGAAACAGAGGUGGAAUUAACAGUAAGAUGAGCCUAGAAAAUGGUAUUUAUUUUCAGCAUCCAACACUUGACUCUUGUUUAUCUAACGAACAAGUUCAGUCUUCCUCUAAUAACUCAUCUUCACUGUGGAGGCCUCUACUUUUAUUUAUACCCCUUAGACUAGGCCUAACUGAAGUUAAUCGUAUGUAUAUAAGAAGUUUAAAGACUACCUUUAAACUGAAGCAAUCCAUAGGAAUUAUAGGAGGACGUCCCAACCAUGCUCUUUACUUUAUUGGCAUUGUAGGAGAUGAACUAGUGUUUCUUGACCCACACACAACCCAACCAACAACUGUCCUUAAUGCUGAUUCUCCUGACGAUGAGAGCUACCACUGUUGCUAUGCUAGUAGAAUGGCUUUCACUGAAUUGGAUCCUUCCAUUGCAUUGUGUUUCUACUUUCGAAAUGAAGCAGAUUUUGAUUUGUGGUGUAACCAUGUUUAUAAGUUCCUGAUAGCCAGUGAGAAAAUACCUUUAUUUGAACUAAAUAAAGAAAGACCACCCCACUGGCCAACUUUAGAAUCUGAAGAAGCUGGAGAUUAUAAAGUUUUGGAAGAGAAGACAAUAGUUUACACAACUGAUAAUGGAUUCCAACUGAUGUGAUAACUUCAGAGUAAAUUUUUGAAGAAUAAGCACCAAGUUGUCACAAAAUAUUGAAAGUUGGAAGUAUUCUCGAUUUUAAAUCUUUUUUUUUUUUUUGUAUUGGAAGGCAAUGAAUGUAUGUAUUAGGCAACUUUGAAAAACCAACAUUAUAAUAUGGUUUUUACUGUUACUUGAUUUACAUCAGUAAACUUGUUUUUGCAUAAGUUGUAUCUCUGGUGUACGAUUAACUUCGACUUUUCUUAACUGGUUAUUAUAUUUUUUAAGUCAAUCAGUGUAAAGGUAAUGUUUGGUUCACUUUAACGUCUAACAUUUAGACAAUUUAAGAUAACAUCCAAGUAUAUAUUUAAAUUCUUUUGAGUACAUGUAACUAUAGUUUAAAUCUUUCAUGUUUCUUGUAUUUACUUCUUUGCCAGUAGCUACACAUUGUAAAAGUGUACAUCUGUGUGUAUAGUUUAAGAAAAGUGUAUAUACGUAAACUAUUUAUGCAAUUAAAGUAAUAUUUUUGAAUGAUGAAUGAAAAGCAAAAAGUAACAAAACUGUGUGUAAUUUCCUAGUUGGCUCCAAGUUAGACUCAGUUUUAUAGUUGCUGGUCGAUUCACAUAGAAAAGGGUACAUUAUAGCCACCUUAUUUCUUGUGGUUGUCACGUAAUUCAAAAAGAGUUUAAUAGAUACUCUCUAGAUCUCAAUUUUAUAUUUUAUUCAUUACUGAAAGUGAUGCGUCAUCUGAAAUCUGUGAUUGUAAUAAUAUUUAAAAAUAAAGUUGAAAUAAAUGGCAAGAAAGUUGUUGUUUUGUAGUAACUUUUAUUUGUGGUCACAAAUGAAUAAAGCUGUCUUAAUAGAAUGCUGAUACCAAAUUGUCCUACUAAUACCUUGUUGUUCAGAAAGGCAAGUCUUCUUGAAAUUCCUCGUUAUUUCAAUUUAUAAUUUUUGUAAAUUAUAUAACAAUUUUCUAGAUUAUUAUUCAAGAAAAGUAUCAGAUCUAACAAUAAAUAUACAAUUUUUAUUGUUAAUUAAUACAUUUUUUUUUACCUUAAACCAUUUAACUAAGAUGAAACCACUUAUUCAAGUUUCACAUUUAGAUGUUACAAUAAUUGUAGUUGUGAAAGAAGUGGAUCUUUUUUUUUUUCAUUAUGUGUGAAACUUUCUACUGCUUUAGGAACUUUCAUUCUGUCGAAAUAUUGCCUCUUUCUAUAUUUGGUUAUAAUACUUUUGAUUUGACACAAUGACUCCAAAACUUAGCAUCUGUUCUACAAUAUGAGAGUAAAUUUAAUUUUAUUUUGCAUAGAUUUAAUAAAUAAUGAAAAAUCAAACAUUAAAAUUUGUUCA